GUGUACCGCAGCUACGAGUGUUACAAAGCCUUCGCCUUCGUCGACCAGCGUCGUUUGACCCAGUCAACCCCUAAACAGAAACCCUUCCACGUCAAAAUGUUCAAGCUGUUCGUUGCCGCCUGCGUCCUGGCCGUCGCUGCCGCCGCCCCAGGAGUCGUGGUGUCCCCGGUCCACUCGGUCCCGCUGGUCCACGCCGCCCCGGUUGCCGUGAGCCACUCGUCGUCGCACGUCGUGCACCACGCGCCGGUCGUCAAGACCGUGGCCGUCCACUCGGCCCCGGUGGUGGCCCUCCACCACGCGCCCGUCGUGAAGGCCCUCCCGGUCGUCCACCACGCCCCGCUGGUCCACCACGCGCCGCUGGUCCACCACGCGCCGGUCGUCAAGACGGUCGUCCACUCGUCCCCGGUCGUCCACUCCGUGCACGCCGUCCCGGUCGUCAAGAGCGUCGUCGCCAGCCCGGUCGUCCUCCACCACCACCACUAAGCGCCCCGCGCCCACUCCUCCCCUCACCCCCCGCAACGGCGUAACUUUUUCUCCAACGAGUCACUACACAACCACUGCCACUACUUUCACCACCACCACCACCACCACCACUACUAGCCCUGCGAACACACGACGCCCCCGGCACACACAACUCACGCAUCGCAGCAUCGCGGCCAUGUAAAUAUAGUUCAGCAGCAGAGAGACCCAUCCCGUGGACCUGU